AAGCUGUUUAUUUUUACCUUCCCGCCACGUUUCGCGCAUGUUUUAUUUAACAAUGCCUUAUCGUUAUAUAGAUGGCCAAAACCCAAAAGAAUAAAGCCACCUCGUUUCAUUUGGGUACGAUCUGGAACAGUCUUCUACCAGGGUGUGUCAUAGAUCUGACAGUGGAAAAUAGGUCAAUUGAAAGCUAAGCUUGCGAAGCUAAAGCGUGAACUGCUCACCCCGAGCGGCGGAGGUGGUGGAGGUGGAGGUAUGCUUUGACACCCACACGGGUAUAAAAUAUGGAUAUGCACUAGGGCAGUAAGGCUGAUGUGAUUUUUCACAGCUGGUUUCGAUGUUGCGCGUACCGGUGUUGCCAGUGUGUAUGUUUUUCCCACGCUUCAGGUACUUGAAUCAGUUCAAUUGGACAUGGCCAGCUAACGUAUCAGUGGCUUUAUUGGAUUCCCAUCCGUGGGUAAGAGUACGCUCAUGAGCAAGCUAACCGGACAACAUUCUGAGGGUAUGUCGGUCGAUUUAAAAAUUAUACCCCUUUAUCAAUUGACACAUCCCCCUGUGCUGAUACGUACAUCACACAGCUGCCGCAUAUGAAUUCACAACCCUUACCACCGUCCCCGGUCAGGUCCUAUAUAACGGCGCGAAGAUCCAGAUGCUUGACCUUCCUGGAAUCAUCCAAGGCGCCAAGGACGGCAAAGGUCGAGGAAGACAGGUCAUUGCCGUUGCCAAAACAUGCCAUCUUAUCUUCAUCGUUCUAGACGUGAACAAGCCCUUGACCGACAAGAAGAUCAUCGAGAACGAAUUAGAAGGGUUCGGCAUAAGGAUCAACAAGGAGCCUCCGAACAUUAUCUUCAAGAAGAAAGAUAAGGGAGGAAUUGCCAUCACAAACACCGUACCCCUGACCCAUAUCGAUCACAGCGAAAUCAAAGCGGUUAUGAACGAAUACAAAAUCUCUUCGGCAGAUAUAGCAAUCCGCUGCGACGCCACGAUUGACGACUUGAUUGAUGUUCUUGAGGCCCGAAGCCGUUCUUAUAUACCUGUGAUUUACGCCUUGAAUAAGAUCGAUGCUAUUUCAAUCGAGGAGCUGGAUCUACUAUACCGUAUCCCCAACGCUUGUCCCAUCAGCUCGGAGAGAGGAUGGAAUAUCGACGAACUCCUCGAGCUGAUGUGGGAGAAACUCAACCUGCGAAGAGUCUAUACCAAGCCCAAGGGCAAGAAUCCAGAUUAUAACGAGCCAGUGGUCUUGAGAAGUACUGCUUGUACUGUCGAAGAUUUCUGCAAUUCUAUCCACAAAUCUAUCGUUGAGUCCUUCAAGCAUGCCAUCGUUUACGGUCGUUCCGUCAAACAUCAACCACAACGAGUCGGAUUGAGCCACGAACUCGCGGACGAAGACAUAAGUAAGUGGGCCAUGCCCGUUCCGUUCCGUAGUUCCCAUCUUUCAUGCAUAUCAUCUUCUUUUUACUAACAUGCCUUAAUCAUUAGUAACAAUCGUCAAACGAUAAAUGCAUGUAUACUUUAAGGAACUGGGUUCCCUAUAACUCUUUUCCUGGGUCAUCCAUGCCCGUGGAGCUGGGAUGUUCCACACAGCUAUCCAGUUUACCCUGAACUGCAACUCCAGAGCAUGGUCUUGAAUCUGAUAGCUGACAGGGUAUACGGGAUGACGUGUUCAGGAGGAGUGGAAUUGAAUUAUAUGCCUUGCUUGGUCUUGAGAAAAUAUGCUUUUUUAAGACAAGGAAUGUAUGUAAGAGGGGAGGUUAAAGGAGAGAGGUGGAAGAAGAAGGGAGGCGAAAAGGACAGCAGCAGACGCAACUGAUGCAAUGCACUCUUGUGGAAAUGAUUGAUGAAUUGAAAUCCUGCUAUCAAUAUUAACUGUUUAGUUAGGCAGAAAGGAAAUAGGGGGUGGUGUUGGGGGGAGGCGAGGUUGCGCAGCCCAAAAAUUACCAGGCCAUGGAAA